AUGAAAUCAAACACUUCCCCCACUACCAAAUGCCCUGCUUAUAACUUUGAGAGAACAUUCCUUUUGCAACCCCUUUAUAAUAAAGUCCACAACUUCACCCCAAACCCAUCUCCAAUUUUCCUCAACAAGAUGCAGAAGGGUGGUGGUAGAAGAGGAAGUUUCAUGGCAGUGGAGAUUCUGCUGGUUCUUCUGAUUUUCAUGGCUGCCAAUGCAAUCACAGGCGAGGCAGUGUUUGGAAUUGACAUGAAUCCAUGCACGCUCACAACUUGCACAGAAGCCUGCAAGAAUGUUUUGGCUGAUAAGUUUGACAGUGCCUCUUGCUACCAAGGGAUCAUGUGUAUGUGCUUUGGUUGA